ACGUUGAAACACUAGAAGACAGAUGGCUAUUAGAUCACAACUUCGGACGAACAGUAGAAUGGAUAAAAGAACAAGAUGAAAACCAGUAUUCAAGAAUACCAGAACAAUCAAUAUCAAGAACCUCUACCAGACCAAGUUCACUGACGUCACCAACAUUCCUUGACAAAGCAAAAAGAAUG